UAGCAUCAUAUCAACAACAUUCAAUUCCCAUCAGGAAAAUCACAAAAACAAACCUCAAAUUUCUGUUUACAAAUUCAGAUUAUUUUUUUGAUAAUUAAUCCAUCUUCUUUGAGAAAUCAUGUCUUGCUGUGGUGGUAAAUGUGGUUGUGGAUCAGGCUGCAAGUGCGGAUCUGGAUGCACUGGAUGCGGCAUGUACCCAGACUUUGGUGAGAGCUCCAACACUGCAAGCCUCAUCUUUGGUAUUGCUUCUCAGAAAUCGUUCUUUGAAGGAUCUGAGAUGGGAGUAGAAGGUGGUAAUGGAGGAGGAUGUGGUAAUUCAUCAUGCAGUUGUGGAGAUAGCUGCUCAUGCGGGUCUGGCUGCAAAUGCGGCAAAUAGAGAGAUCUUAUAUGGUUUCUCUAAUCUUAAUGGUGUGUUUGUAGUAGUCAUGGUGAAGGAGUUCUUAUGAUGAUGAUGUGAUGUGAUGUGAUCUUGUUACCCUUAUUAUCUAGUCUCUUUUAAUCUAAUGAUGUAGAAAUAAAGUUGGAUGGAUCUGUGUGGUUUGUUCUUGCCACCAUACCUACUUAUAACUAAUUAGUGACGUUUUUAUGUGUUGCUGUCUUGAUUUUCUUGUAAAAUCAAGAAAACAGAAUCUGUGUUGUUAAUGAAAUGAAUAACUCCUCCCGUGUUAAAUUUUAAUCUGUA